AUGGCGGACUCACAAGAGGCCAUAUCCCCCUCUUCUCUCCUCCGAAUCCCCCAGGAACUGCUACUCCAGAUCCUUGUCCUACUUCCACUCGAUGACCAAAUCAACAUCAUCAAAGUCUGUUCUACUUUCCAUAAUCUUAUUUUACACGAUCCUAUCCUUCGAGGCACCCGCUACGCCACUAACUCUGGUGCCAUAAGAGUCCUCGGGUCACUGAAUCCACUACAAAACUCUCAUCUUCCGGGUCCCGGUACUCAUAAAGUUCUGGGCGCACGCCCGGUUCAUCCAUUUUCUAACCUCGUUUGCACUUCUAUUGGUGAUAAAAUCACUCGAUAUGCUUAUAGAACCUGUUAUGGGGGAGAGCCACAAAGGGGGAUGAUAACUGAACGCAUCUGUACGAAUCCAGAGACGCAGGAGGAGAGAGAGGCAGAGAGGGAUACGGUUGUUAUAGCCCUUACUUUGGGCAUAUACAGGUUCAAAAUUCACGAUAUCACGAAUUAUCCCAUCUUGGACGAACCAUAUCUGCAGCCAUCUGUAAAGGAAAUGACCGGUAUCGGAUCAGAAGAGGCUAUCCAUGCAUUGAGUAGCGAAGAAGACUAUGCCACCGUUCAGUGUCAAGUAGUUGUCCAUAGGAACCUCUUUCUAAAGGAAACACCAGAUCCUCCAGAUUGGGUAGAACGCAUGAAGCUUACCAGAAGUACAACGGUUAGGGAGCUGACUGCAGCUCUUCUAAAAAUUGCAUUUCGGAAAUUGAUGGCUACGGGGUUGGAGCAUGAUUCCACAGCAGAAAACGUGAUUCAAUUCCGGAGAGAUCGGGGCAAGACCGAGUGGGUCUUUACUUUAAUACACAACCGCACAUCACAAGAAACACGAAAUAUGGUUUGGGAGCCAGAAGUCAAUCAACUCGGAGAGUACAGAGUAUCGAGGAGGGUUGUGUAA